CACCGCGCUAUACCUUACGUACUCUGUCACAGACAGUACAUGGCAGCGUCCACGGAAAGCAUGGAAAACGCAGCCGCCUCACUUGAAGUGGUGUUGGAGUCCCUUCAGAAAGGGAUUGUAAGCGGCACGGAGCUUGAAAUGAUGCGGAACCUAGCGACUUUAUUUCGUGAACAGCCUUUCAGAGAGAGUGCUGAUGGUUAUUUUUUUCACAACUUACUUCAAAUUUUGUGCCAAGCAACCAAAGUCAUUCAGCCACACUACAUCACUGAAAAGUGUCUCACACCCACAGAUGAGUUUCUCCAGGUGACAACUGAGUGCUUUAGAUGUCAAAGGAAUGCCUGCGUUGAGUGCCCCAAAAACCAGAGUAGUAUGAGGGAUUUAGGUUUCAUUGAAGUCACCAUCAGAAUUCUUGAUAAACUUCAAAAGUUGCCCACUUUCCUCUCCCACAAAUUGGAAGCUUUAAGGUGUGGUAUACAGUUUCUUGGAAAUGCUGCUGCUGGAAACAGGGAAUGCAAAGAGGAUAUUUGGAAACUUACAUUUCCAGAUUUUUUUGUGACUUUUCUUGGAUAUGAUGAUGAAAAGGUUGUGGCAUAUUGUUCUAUGGUACUCUUCACUUGCCUAGAUGAUGGAAAAGCAGAACAAUUUUUGAAUGACAAAGGAAUAGAAGUAGCCUUUCAGAUUAUCAAUCAGUGUGCCAAACAACCAGAUUUGGACUGGCUAGUACUGAUUAUCACCCAAUACCUUCUGAAAUCCUUUGACCUGGUUGAGCAAUUAUAUGGAAAACUUAAUUAUCAGGAAAGGCUUAGGCUUCUUGAAUUAGUGUAUUCAGAAGUUGAAGAUUCUGCAUCAUGCAUGAAGGAAUCUGUUGUUUCUGAGAAACUAACAAUGUUCUUAGCCGAUCAUUUUCAGCAGAGCUGCAAAUCAAUUUUAAAACUAGAAGAUGAAACAGCUGAAGUUGAUGAGGAAUGUCAUAUUAUAAUAAAAUUAUUGAAUAUUCUUUGUGAGAUGACAUCUGACAUAAAAAAGUUCAUGUUUUUGCAACAAUAUCCAGAGAUCCUGAAGAUAACAGUUGAACUAUUGAGAGAGGUACAUCUCAGUGGGAAAAUGAAAAAGAACAUUUUCAGUGGGACCCAUGAUUUUGCACAGAUUAGAACAGUGUCUCAUCCUGCUGUUGGGUUUAAAGCUUAUCUCAUCCGACUGAUUGGAAAUUUGUGUUAUAAGAACCCUGAAAAUCAAAAUAAGGUUCGGGAGUUAGAUGGAAUACCUCUCAUUCUGGAUAACUGUUGUAUAGAUGGCAACAACCCUUUUAUAAACCAGUGGGCAAUAUUCACCAUCAGGAAUGUAUUGGAAGAUAACCAAGAGAAUCAAGAAAUUAUAAGGCAAAUGAAAAGUCAAGGCGUGGCAGAUCUUUCUGCACUCAGAGAUCUGGGUUUUUGUGUGGAGGAGAGAGAUGGACGGCUAUUGUUGAAACCAGUGAAGAAAGGAAAGUGAUUCAGUUGGAAGAACGGUGUGUAUGUUGUAAAUAAAGGAGUACAUUUGUAUUGUGGAAGCUUUAUACCUUAAUUUAAACCAGGAACCAUGCAUUACCAUUAGUAUGAUAAUGUUUCCCUCAUGCAUUCAAAUGUAAAUGGAAGUUUGAUAAUAAACAUGUAAUUUAAAAUUGUGAUAUUCAGAAAAUAAAUGUCUCUCUUUUAAUUAAAGAUGGUGAAGUUACAUAGUGAUAAUAGGCAGUCAUUCUCUGUUAUGUUGUCAUGGCUUUCAUAAAGUGUGUUCCAAAGUCUGAUUUUAAUUAUGCACCAUUGCUUUGUACCAUCUUAAUUAAAACAUAUUUUGUAUGAGUCUUUUAGCCAUGUAACCUUAUUAGAACAUGGAUUGCACAUCAGUAAAUUAAUAAUUCACUAAUAA